GUAAUUUAAAUCGCUCUUAAAAAUAAAGGAUUUUUCGUAUCCGCACUUCAUUAAAAGAUAUUCAUAUCACUUCCUUCUACUGUCAUUACUUUAAUCUGAGAUAUGUUGUUGAUAAAAAGAACAACUGCAGGACUUGAAACGUUACGACAGAGAGAAGAAACGAGGAGAACCCGUUGAAUGAGAAGUAGAUUGGAUAUACUUCAAAUACUUGAUCGAUCAAGAUAUUCUAUCGAUUACUAACGCGUGUCUGUUUGGAUAUAAACAAUAUGCGUCAAUGACAGAGAAGAAAAGAGAGCAGAAGAUAAAAAUGGAAAGUCUAAUAUUUCAAUAAGUAAUGAAAAGGAAGUGUAUAAUUCGACGUGUAUAUGCACAAACACUUAUUACACUCAUAUGUUAUUCAAAGCCUAGAGAGAAUUUAAAAUGGUGUGAAAAUGUGGUUUAAGCUUGUGAUUGUGGUGAUUGUACUCGCCAUAGCGAGUAGUGGAAAUGCAAGGCCUCACGAUCCAGAUCCAUUGGACGAUAGCAAUUCACAGGAAGUCACGGAAGAAGCUGCUGGAGCUGUUAACAGAAGCAGACAAGUUCAACAUCGAGAAUUAAAGGAUAUCCAAAAUAUGGAUCAAUCGUUAAGGACUGUUGCAACGCAGCUCUUAAAUACUACUGUGAAACAUGAAAAUCUUGUACGAAUACCGGAAGAAAAAAUUGUCACAAUUGAAACUCCCAUGCAAGUUGUUCAUAUAUCUACACGAAUCGAGGAUGCAGUUAGUGAUAUUAGUAACGAUAAAGAGGAUGAUGAAACUAAAAUGAAAUUUGGAAUUCCAAUAAACUCUAAAUUUGGGCAUUUUGAGGUUAGUAAUCCUGGACAUGCAAUGGCAAUGACUGAAGAAGAAAUCGAAAGAGAAAUGGCAACAACUGAAGCUAGUAUUCAGAAAUAUCGUUCUACUACAAAAAGUAUGCUAUCCACGUGGAUUCAAUUGUAUCCGCCUUCAACAACUACUGAACGCAAUAACGUUUCUGAAAUUAAAACUGAAAUUCCAGAUAAUGAGGUAUAUUCUUUGACUAGUACCAAAUUACCUUCAACUACUUUUAAUAAACUCAGUACCGCUUAUAAUAAACUUAAUCGGAAUACGGAAAUUAAACUUACAACAAUACCAUCUACUGAAUCCUCGCUUUCAACUACGAAAUUUAUCAAGAAUUCAAGUAUUAUUGACGUUACAAAUAAUGUUCAAUUAAGUUCAACACUGUCAACAGUAACGAUCGAAAAUAAAACAAAUGGAACUGCCUCAACAGAAAAGAAAUUACAAAAUCAGCGUACAAAUGCUUCUGUUCAUACAAUAACAAAGUCUACUACACCUCUAAAGAAACUAUCGACAAAAGGUAGUAACUCAUUGAAGCCAAAAAUUACAACUCCAAAAAAUGCGGUUACAAAAGUAAUUAAGAAUAAUAGUACUGUAAAUAGGUUUAAACCAUUAGCAACCAGAAGACCAAAUAAGAAUGAUACUGUUACCAGCACAUCGAAAAUCGAAAAGGUGACUUUUAAACCUACUAUUUAUAUUUCACAAAAUCAAAUAUCUAGUACAGAAAAGUCACCUUUCGUUACUAAAAUUAAAGCAUCUAUAUUGACAAAUUCUCAAAAGUCAAACACUAAUGUUCCAACUGUAAAACCUAUUCAUAGUAUUCUUUCGAAAUCUAAUUUUUCUGCUACGGAAACAUCAACUACAAAAAUUCCAAGUCCUACUCAAGUAAAUAAUGUUCUAAAAGUUUCGUUAAAAAAACCCGUUGAUGAUUCAACAAAAAUUGAAAUUCAACCCAUUCGUGUUAAUCCCCCAGUAUUAACGAUUGAGCAAAUUGAAGAUUUAAGUUUAGAUCAAAAGACCAACAACGAUAAUCAGGAUAUCUUAGAAAAUUCGAAGAUUGACGUAAAAUUUGAUUUCAGUCCUGAAUAUACUAAUGUUAAAUUGCAAAUACCAUCUGCCGAAAAUUCUUCAUCAAUUAUAUCUACAACAACAACGAAAAGACCUCGUUUAUCCCACAAACGUAAGAAGAACAAGAAUCGUCGUCGAAAACCAUCCACUACUACUAUAUCUACUUUAGCAAUACCAUCUACAGCAACAUUUGAUAAUAUAAAUUUAUUACCUUUGGAUACAACUAAUACUAUAAAUAAUGUAAAUCGUGAUAAGAUUCAACUAUCGUCAAUUCAAGAAUCAAAAAUUGAACCUGAAUCUAAAGCUCCACCUUCGAAAAAAAAAAAACCUAAUCAAACCCAAGUUCAAAAGCCAAUUGGUACACAAAUAUAUAAUUUUUUGAGCCGUGAAGUAAUGCCAAGUGUAGGUGUUAUGUCAUUAGUAGGUUUAGGACUUGGUUUAGCAUCUUACUUCUUGUAUCCGUUUGGUGGAGUGAUUGCUCGUAGAAAUUACGACGUAGAACCAAAUUAUAAGUACAACCUUGAUGAAUAUGGUGGCAAUUAUGGUCUAAGCGAAGAAGAAGUUUUAUCUAAAGUUUACUCCGGUAUGACUGGUGGUCAGCAUCACGAUUCCAAGUAUAAUUUCAUUGCUACUAGUGAGAAGAAUCCAACUUACUACAGAUAUACAGGAUCAGAACACGUACAGCAGCAAACCUCAAGAUAUCCAGUGCUACCCUUUAAAAAUGCAGGAAAUCGAGUAGUAUAUAGACCUGUUGAGACUACAUCAUAUGAUGGAAACUAUCGAAAUACUGAAUUCAAAUAUCCUGAUGUACCUACGACACCAAAUUAUUAUGAACGUCAGAGGCAACAACAGCUUUCAACUGAUUUCGUAUCAACUGCUCCAAAGGUUGGAAUGAGCAAAAAUCGUCAAUUUGUUGUUGGUAAUGUGCCUAAAGAAUAUUCGAGUAAAGACGUUGAGAAGUCUUUUGAUGUGAUUAAAAUUCAAGAUAAGAUCGAUCACAAUUUAUCGUAUUCAGCAAUUGAAAAAAAUUCCGAAAAUAAUUUAUCUGCAGAACCACUGACAGCUCCAGAUUUAAAAUCUUUAAAUAAUCCCGCGUCAUUUAUUUCGAAAAAUAAUAAAAAAAAUUCUGCUGAAAUUUAUGAAGAAAUGGAAAUUUCUCCAACAGCCGUAGCCGUGGAACAUGGUCCAAGAUUUUUAAAAUCAUUGGACGAUGAUUUGAAUGUUAAAUCAGCAGCGGUUCCUAAGUUAAUUCGUAAAAAAAGAAAUAUAUUUUUUGAUGUAAAAAAAAACCAUGCACAAGCUUUGGUUCCAGCUUUGAAACGUGCGAGGAUUGAAAGAAGCUCGGUAAUUCAAGUGAUACCAUCAAAAAGCGAAAUUGAAAGAGAAAGUAAAAUGCAAGAACAAGAGGAAAAUCUAAGUAAUGAAAUAUUAAACAUAAUUGACGAUGCAUUGCCCGAUAAAAUUGAUUACCAAAAGAAAAAGUAUAAUGAUAAACAUGAAUCUACGAUGAGUGCAACAACCAAGAAGCCAUAUAACAAAGUGUCGGAUACUCUAAGAGACAGUAUUAGUAAAGGUACAUCAAGUAGUACUCUUCCUGAUACAUCGAUCAUCAGUGAUAUACUUGGUUCGACGGAUGGUAAUAUAAUAUCAACUUCUGAGAAAAAAAUACGAUAUGAUACUUAUUCUACAAGUUCAACAACAAUGCUGAUAACGACAAAUAAGGCAUCAUCGGAAGAAUUAACGGAAUCCAAUGUCAAUCAGACUGAAACGAUAUCAGAUUGGCAGGAGAAUAUUAAAACAACAACAAAGCCAACGCCACCUACAAAUAAUGGCAUUGACAUACUUGGAAUAGCAAAAAGAAUAGCCGAAAUCAAGCUCAGACUAGGUUUAACAAUCUUGAAGCAUGCGAGUGAAGGGUUAGCUAGAUACAUAGGACAUAUACAGAAAAGGUUCAACGGCGAAGAAUAAGAGACAAUAUUUUGUUUUGUCUUUUAUUUCUAUUAUUGAUAUAAAAUCGUUUGAUUCACUGACUGAAGAACCGAUUACUAAAUCAAAUGGUUAAUGAGUUGAUUAAACAGGGCUGUGUAAUUUAUUGUAUUUAAAAUUGGCUUUUAUGA